GUGGGCUGUUCGCGCGCUAAUUUCACCUUUGACUCGUCUUGGACUCACCCUAUGCUUAUGGCCAAUCCCUCCUUCAAUCACCAAUAUCUAUAAGAACCUUCAGUUACCAACAUGCAGCUCAAGAGGAUGAUCCGGACCAGGAUUUCAAAGGCAUGAAGAAUGUCAGCUUUGCCUUAAUUAGAGCCUACCAGAAUCGUGGGCAUGAACCCGCCAGGCCAUCCAGUGGCAUGGACCCACCAGACCACUGUGGCAUGAUCCCACCAGGCCUUAAAUGGGCACUGAUCCACUAGUAGACCCUCGAUCCACUAGACCUCAAUCCACUAGACCCUCCAUAGGCAUAAGUCGACCACUGCCACGGUCAUGGAGCGUAGAUAAAAGCCUCGAACAUUUGUCUCUCAUUCCCCGAUCUCGCAAAGACUUGCGAUAUUCUGUCACAUUUGCACCAUUUCCCUUGCUACUGCAAUCUGCAAACGCAAAACCGUUGCUACAAAACCUGUUGUCUUCGCGUCCAAGAAAGAUGUCUGAACUAGAUUCAAUGAGACCAGCCAUACAAUCAUGUCUCCAUCACCUUGACAGGUUGGAAGGACGUGUCCGCGGGGAAAUUCAAGAGACCCGGAGGCAUUUUUUCAAGCUUCUUGACAACUCCCUGUUAGAUGUCGCGACGGGGCAUUCGUGCAGAUAUGAUAGUACCGUCGACCCUCAAGCAGAAUUCUAUGAGCUCGAUGCUAUUAUCAACAGUGUGAUCUCAACAUCGUUCGCGACUUUUCGAGACCGCUUCUUCGUGCCGCAACCAGCACUCCACAGCACAUCUUCCGGGGUCACAGGAGGGAUGUCAGAGGGUACAAAUCCUCCCCUUGGUCAACCUCUCCAAGGUAAGUUCGCCUUAUUUGCAGCCAUUCCUUUCGACGCUUACCAUCAGAUGACCAGGCCCAUUACCCGGCAGCACCUACAGUACCGCCAACUAUUCGCCCGUUGCUCAGCCUUUUGUACCUCAGCCUCAACACAACACGUACUCUGAGGCCCCUUCCGUAUACCAUGACCCGUGUAACAUGCAAUCGUCGCUAGGGGGUGCGUAUCCUGUCGGUGAGGAUGCGGUACAGGUCCCAGCAGGUACCACGGAGUCCGAGGUUGAGCAAGCCGGCUGGCUAGAGGGCGAUACUGACAUGUGUGAUGCUAGUAGCUUUCCCGAGGUAUGUUGAC